AUGCAGCUAUCGCCGACGGAAUCCGCAAGGAGGUCAUGGGCAAGCGUCCAACCUUCCUGCGUGAAGCCAGCGGCGGCAUUGGCACCCUGGGCUUUGACAAUACGAACAGCAGCAGGUGCGAGAUCGACGGCGCUGAGGAUUGCUGGGGACGAGGGGGACACGGAGGUGGCGGUGGGGAUGCCGAAGCCGCCGGUUGAGCCUACGCAAGAGAAGAACAACCUGCCGUUUUUCCUGGAUCCCAGCACGAGGGGAGGAGCUGUCGUGGUGCCCACGUUGUCUCUAUUGCUGCCGCUGGGGGCAUAUGGGGCGCUGACGGCUGUUGGGGUGGACGGAUCCAAAGCAGGGGCAUGGGUGGGUGUGGGAUACACGCUGAUCGGCCUCAUCGCCUGGGUGGGCUCGUACUUUUUCCGAGUCGCGACGAAGAACAUGACGUACGCUGUCCAGUUGAAGAACUACGAGCAGGCGGUGAUCGAGAAGCGCUUCAGCGAGCUGGAAGAGGAAGAGGUCGAUGCGUUGCUGGACGAAGUAAACGAAUAAUGAAUCGAUGGGUUGCCCAUGAGCCGUACAAGUUUCGUUGGCGAUGGGUCUGAAUUUACGAAGUAGGCUGUAGGUGAAGCGGGACGGAGGAGUGAGGGCGCGACGCGAAUGUGGUGAUCUCCGCACGUUCCCGCUGUUACCGUGAAUUGUGCUGCGACUUGCUCGGAAUCGCUCACGAUGGAACGAUAUUUUUUUUGGAGCAGGUCCCGAAUCCUCUUCUCACAUCACUCCCUGCUUCUCCGACACAUCUCUACAAAUGUGUUCCAGAACGCCAACUUGACGCUCGUGAAUAGAGCCAGACUUUGCGAUACGUCGGCCGUGCUUAUCACUUCGGUGCUGCUCGAUAUAUUCCAAGCCCGUGGAUAGCCUUGGAUAUGUCUCCAAGCGCCUAGAAGUAACGGGGCAUGGUGCAGAAAAGAAAUGUGGAAUCACGCUGGGGGGGGCAACUCUUUCAUAGUGAAGCAGCUGCAGCAUCAGAAUAGAUGUUAAGCUUGUAAAUGUGCAUGUGCCAUUCGUGAGGAGCGUUUGCGCAAGCGACAGGGAGAAACAAAACAACGACGACGAUGGUGCCACCCCUGGAUCCUUCCCACCGGACGGCAACGGGCGCUGCUGUGUGUCCGAGGAAGGCGAGGGUAUCUACUGGACAGCACCGUUCCGCGAACACUUUGAGGAUUCACCUCCGUGGGACUCCCCAAUUGCAAAUUCAGGUCUCAUUCUGCAGUAACCGCGGAAAAGGGCACUAAUGAAUCAUGUCAUGUGAAGUGACAAGAAUUUUCAAAUCGU